CACGGUGACGUAAUCAUGGGUGGUCACGUGACCAGGCGGAGCAGCGUGAGCGCUCCUGAGCGGGGCCGGGCGAUCGCCGCUGCCCGCUCACAGACCAGUCCGCUCGUUCAGAGGAAGAGGACUCAACCCCGCUCACCGGAUACGCAACAGUCGAUUACUGGUGAAUCCAUCAGGGACCGAGGCGAGAUGGAGUCUCACGGGCUGAGCGCCUCCCUGGAUGUCAAGAGGGGCUACGUGCUGCAGCACAGUCCCAGAGGCAGCCAGGAUGGCCUGUUUGGAGUCAGGGUGCAGGUUCAGGGCAUCAAAGGUCAACCUUUUGUGGUUCUGAACAGUUCUAGCCAGGACAGCCACAAGGACAUCUCUGUCAUUACUCACCAGGCAGGGUACAACCCAGGAAUGGUGAGAAGGUCUGUGGAUGAAAGACAGUCUCCAUCUGAGACUCAGAGGACUGCAAACUCCUCCGGCUUUUAUUAUCAGAAACCAACAGGGGGCCCAAGACCGUAUGACCCUGAAAGUAAUGACAUUGUCUUUGGUUCCACUCCUCAAAAUGCCAAACCCAGGAUCCCUCUGCCUGCCGAGGGUCCAGCUGUAGACUCAGCUGACGUGACGCCUCCCUCAGAUGAACACGGUUCUCCACAGUUCCCCAGCUCAGUGGACACAGACUCCAUCAUGUCUGUCGGUAAGUUAAUAAGCCAGUUUAACAGCAGCCUGCGGAGAGGAAGAGGACCAAGGAACAGACUGGACCCAGAAGCUUGUCGGCGGUCUCACAGUGUGGACAAUAGAUCUUCAGACUCGUCCUCCCCGUCUCCAUCUUCUAGCAGAGCCUCCUCUCUGAUAGGCAUCAGGGGAGAAACCUCCAGUGGGAUUUAUCCUCCUGGCUCAGCCAGAGCACAACUCCUUACAGGAAUAUCCCCUUCGAGAAACAAAUUGGAGGGGAACGAGGCCAGAACACAAUACAGCAAAGAGUCUGUGUCUCCAAAAGUAGAGAAACCCUCAGUUCUCAGGCUGCGUGGAGAAAAACCAGAUGGAUCUGAUGAAAGAGACACACAGGUAACUCCUGAUCUUCUGAAAGGACAGCAAGAGCUCUCAGUAGAUCCGCCUGAAGAUACGACAAAGCAAAUACUGAUCAAGUACCUGAAGAAUGGGACAACAGACGAUGACUCCACCACCGAAAGAAAAGUCAAACUGCUGCUUGAAAAGAUCAGCAAGCUGAAGUGGAGGACUGCUGAGAGUGUGGAGGAGGAGGAGAAAAACCAUGCAGCAGAGACGAUGCUCCUGCAGGAGAAACAGGCAGCUCUGGAGAGAGAAGUGUGCCAGUUAAAACAAAAACUGGAAAUUGAGAUUAAGAAUGAGAUGAUUUUAGCCAAGGCCUUUGAAAAAGCCAGGACUGAUAAGAAGAAACUCCAGGAGGAUUUGACCAAAAGUCAGACAGAACUCUGCAACCUGAGACACAAACUGGCUGAUCUUGAGGCAGAACUCCGGUCCACCCAACAGGAAGUGAACCAGACGAGAACGGAGAGAGAGCGAUCUAAAGCUGAGAUGAAAGACCUCCAGCUGCAGCUCUCUGAGAUGCAUGAUGAGCUGGACCAAGCCAAGGGAGCAGAAGUGAUCAACACAGAGAAAGAAGUUCUUCUGAAGGAUUUGGCACAGCUCCGCGUGGAUUUUCAGGAGCUCCUACAAGCUAAGGAGGAACAGGAGGAGGUCCUGCAGCACACAGAAAGAGAGUUCAGUGCCCUGAAGGGGGAGCUCAGAGAGGAGGUGGAGACUCACGAUAAAUAUAUGGCAGCUUUGAAGGAGGAAUAUGAGCAAGAGCUGGGCAAGCUACUAAGAGAUUUAGAGCUGGCUAAGGAGAGCAAUGCUCAACUGGGUCAGGAGAAGGCCGAGGCAAAACAGGAGAGAGGUGCAACAAAGGCGCAGAUGAAGGAGCUGAUCCAGGAGCGGGAUCAUCUGAAAGGAAAAAUCCGAGAACUGAACAGUAAGGUGGAUCAACUAAACCAGACCAUCCAGGAGCUGAAAACCACAGAGAGGCUGGUGGAACAGAGAGCAAAGCAGCUGGAGAGGGAAAAGCUCCAGGUGGAGGAAAGUCUGAAGGGUGUAAGGAGAAACGAGGAGGAGAUGAGUCAGUCUAACCAGUCUCUGCUUUCUCGCCUAGAGGAUGUACAGAGUAAGAUGACCAAACUAAACCAUGAGCACAGGGAGUUAAAAGAGAAGCUGAAGGAGGAGAGGAAACAAAUGGAAGAGCUGUGGAAGACCAAGGCAGAGCUGGAGGAUGAGAGGAGGAUGCAGGAUAGAGCUAUGGAGCAACUGCAGAGGAAGAUGAAUAACAUCAUGGAGGAGUGUGAGGCCUCCACAGAUGUUCUUCAGAACCAGGUUGAUGAGGCCAGAGAGAGGAGUCAGAGGGAGUUGGCUGAGCUGCGGAGACAGCUGCAGGAAAAGGGCGCAGAGCUGGAGAAAUCCAGAGCGACGGCCCAAAAGCUGCAGGAAGAGCUCCUUCCUCUGGUGGAGGAUCUGCAGAGGUGUCGCAGGGAGCAGCAGGAGGCCCAGAUGAGGAGCCAACAGCUGGAGCAGAGGGUGGAGGAGCUGGAAGAAAGGAACGCCACCUCGCAGGAGGAUCGAGAGCGGCAGGUCAAACUCCUAGAGGAGCGAAUGCAUCACCUGGAGGAAGAUCUGAACGAUGAGCACAGCAGUGCUGACCGCCUGAUGGAGCGUUUAGACAAAACCAAAGAGCAGAUGGAUCAGAUGAGGAGUGAACUGCUGCAGGAGCGAGCGACUAGGCAGGACCUGGAGUGUGACAAGAUGAGCCUGGAGAGACAGAAUAAAGACCUGAAGAGCAGAGUGAUUCACCUAGAAGGAUCACAGAGAACAAAUCAAGACGCGUUCAUCUCCAAACUAAACUGCCGGAUCCAGGAGCUGGAGGAGAGGCUGCAAGGAGAGGAGAGGGACAACAACAACAUGCAACAAGCAAACCGAAAGCUGGAGCGCAAACUGAAGGAGAUGAAGAUGCAGACGGAUGAGGAACAUGCCAACCUGCAGAGCCAGACAGAACAGCUGAGCCAGAGGCUGAAGACGGCAAAGAGACAAAUGGACGAGGCAGAGGAGGAGAUCGAGCGUCUGGAGCAUGUUAAGAAGAAGAUGCAGAGAGAUCUGGAUGAGCAGAUUGAGGCUAACGAGCAGCUUCAUGUGCAGCUGAGUUCCCUGAGGAACGAGAUGAGACGUAAGAAGAAGUCACCGGCCAUCAUCAAAGUUCUGGAGGACAGUUUGAACGACGUGGACGACGUUGGCUCCGAUUGAUGUGACAAAAAGUGAAAAACUUAAAUAAAGGAGCACAUAUUCUGGACUCCAUCAGCCCAUGUUGAAUGUGAGGAAAUCUUAACAUGAUUCAGCUCAGUUAACAAUUUUUCAUUCUGCCUCUACAACUCAGUUGCUGCCCUCUUGUGGAGACAUUUAUAUCUACAAAUAUAAAGUACAUUUAUUUACUGAUAUUUUUUUAACUAAUAUACUUCUGUGAGGGAACUUAGAAUUCUUGCAGCUACUAAAAUACAUUUUUAAACAUUUUCCAGAGUGUGAACACCUCCUGAUUGUCAUGAAGCUACAAUAAAAGCACUUAUAUCUGA